AUGAAUCUUUUUAAAUUCUUUUCUUUAUGGAUUUUAUUUUAUCCUUCAGUUCUCUCUGCGGUUAUCACAUCUAUUGAUCCGAUUCCUGAAGUGGAAGAAGCACAACAAGCAACUCGACUUUCAAAGGAUGCUUUAUCAAAUCAAGAAGCUCUUAAAGGACUCCAUAACCAAAACCCCUCUAAAGAUGAACAACAAAAUAUAGCCACUGAUUUGAAUGAACUACGAAAUGAUCAACAAGAACCAAAAAGACCUGAAAACUCAGAACACGGAGGUGAAGAUGAAUUCCCAGAAAGACCCAACAAGAGACCUGAUCCUUCAAAUGAAGCACCAGAUGAGAAAUCCAACGCAUUACCAAAAUAUGUGGAAGAAAAAGUGGGCAAGAGAAGUUGGGGUUUAGCUCGAGUUUGGAAAUCUAUGAGACGCGGAUUCAAAAAAUUCUUUAGAUGGUUAAAAACAGAUAUUACAAGUCAUAAAUAUUGGGUUGAAAGAGAACCGAUACCGAUACCAGCCGGGAAUGAUGAUGGAUCAUCAGAAUUACAAGAUUUACGUGUACUAGGAAACGAACUUCAAUCAGAUUACGAAACACGUAAACUAAGAUGGAUCCAUCAUGAUUUACCAAACCAUCAUAAUUCAUUACUUAACAUUGAAUUAUUGUCAAACCCAACUUUCUUAGAAUUGGUCAUUCAAUAUACAAAAGAAUAUAAUCAAGCUAAAAUUCAUCAAGAUCAAGUUAAACGGAUUUGGAAAGAUUUAGUUUACCUUUUUGGAAAUGAAAAUCAUGCUAGAGACGUUUUGAAAAAGAUUGAAGAUUAUUAUAGAAAAGUGUUUCCGAAAUUUGAACGAAAUUUAUUUGGAAUUGAUUUUUAUAGUAAGAUGCAUAAUCCAUUAUUAUUACCUACCACAAAAGAAAGUGAAAGAGUCAAUUGGCAAAAGAUAUUCGAACAAGAAAAGAUCGCAAUUGGUCCAGACGAAAAGACUAUGAAACCAAAAUCAUUAAUCUUAUUAGAAUUAUGUCAAGAGUAUAGAGGAUAUGUAGAUUUAUGGAGAAAAGCCAUGGAUAGUGGUCGUGCGAUUAAGGUUUAUUUGAAUUCUAUUAAAGAACUUACGUAUGAGGAAACAAGAUAUCCAAAUCAAGUGAUUGAAAAGUUUAGAGACUUGUUCCCCAACAGAUUUAAUUUUGCAGAAGGCAUAACAGAUGAUAUAAGAGAAAAACUUCUCGCAGACUUUCCGAACAUGAGCUUUGCUUGA